CGACUUCAAGCACUUCCACCCCUUCUGCCUGGUGCUGAGGAAGAGGAAGAGCACGCUUUUCUGGGGUGCCCGAUCCAACAGACUCUGGGAACUUUGCCUUUAAGAACAUGCUGGAUGCCCGAGUGGAGGGACAUGUGGAUGUGCCAAGGACAGUCAAGGUGACAGGGACUGCAGGGCUGUCUCGGAACAGCACCCUGGAGGUCCAGACACUCAGUGUGGCUCCCAAGGCCCUGGAGACCUUGCACGAGGAGAGGAAGCUGGCAGCAGAGCAUCCUUUCCUGAAGGAGAUGCGCAAGCGAGGAGAGAACCUGUAUGUGGUGAUGGAGGUGGUGGAGACCGUGCAGGAGGUCACUCUGGAGAGAGCCGGCAAGGCAGAGGGUGGCUUUUCCCUCCCAUUCUUCGCACCGUUGGGGCUACAGGGAUCCAUAAACCACAAGGAGGCUAUCACCAUCCCUAAGGGCUGCAUCCUGGCCUUUCGAGUAAGACAGCUGAUGGUCAAAGGCAAAGAUGAGUGGGAAAUUCCACAUAUCUACAAUGACAACAUGCAAACCUUCCCUCCGGGAGAAAAGUCAGAAGAGGAGAAGUUCAUCCUUAUCCAGGCAUCUGAUGUUGGGGAGGUGCACGGUGACUUCAGUACGCUAAAAGAAGAGAUUCAAAGAGAGACCCGAGAAGUGGAGAAGCUGAGCCGCAUGGGGCAAGGAUCGCUGCUCACCUCCCUCAGCAAACUCCUAGGGAAGAAAAAGGAGCUAGAAGACCUGGAGCUCACGCUUGAAGGGGCUCUAGACAAAGGACACGAAGUGACACUGGAGGCACUCCCAAAAGAUAUCCUACUAUCAAAGGAGGCUAUGGGUGCCGUUCUCUAUUUCCUUGGAGCCCUAACAGAGUUGAGUGAAGCCCAACAGAAGCUGCUGUUGAAAUCCAUGGAGAAAAAGAUCCUACCUGUGCAACUAAAGCUUGUGGAGAGCACAAUGGAACAGAAUUUUCUACAGGAUAAAGAGGGUGUUUUCCCCCUGCAACCUGACCUGCUCUCCUCUCUUGGGGAAGAGGACCUGACCCUCACAGAGGCCCUUGUGGGGCUGAGCGGCCUGGAAGUGCAGAGAUCAGGCCCCCAGUACACGUGGGACCCAGACACCCUCCCUGACCUCUGUGCCCUUUAUGCGGGCCUCUCUCUCCUGCAGUUGCUGACCAAGGACUCCUGACUUGUCUUUUCCAUCUGCUUCCCGUUUCCCUAAUAACUUUCCUACCUCAUUGUGCUGUGUCCUGAACAUCUAAGGGCAUUGCAGAGCCACCAGGCUGAGGAUGACGGAAACCCUAGGUGAUCCCCCAAGAUAAUCAAUUUCCAUUUGUCCCUCUGUAUCUCCCCUGGCCUCCGCUAAGCCUAUCUGUUGAUGCUUAAACCCUCUGAAAGUAGGAUUUAAAACUAUGAACUAUUUCAACAAAACCAAAAUCAAUUAAUUUCCUGUCCCAGUACCUCCUGUUUAUGCUCCCCAAAAUCAAGCUUUACUGGAAUUAAUGGGAAAUAUUAUUUCACUUUGGAUGAAAUGUCUUUUGGUGUUUUUCUUUAAAGAAGCUAUCAUGAGGAAAUUCUUAACUUGUGCCAGAAAAGAAAAUAGACAUUAUCGUACUACAUAUAGAUCGUAUCAACAUGAACACUAUUAUACUGUCCUCAGGCCAGCAUCUGGGGCAGGAGCUGGAAAAUGCUCAGAGAACUAUCAGGGUAUAGAAUGUGGGCUCUAGAUUCUAAAGUGAAAAGGUCAUCAAAGCAGCUUGUCUUCAAAGAGGAGCCUUCGGGGUCCUCUGGA